AUGAUACGCCAACACACCAACACACCUAAUAUCCAAAAUUCUAGAUUCAGUUACAAAAUCCUCGAUAUUCAGUUGGAAAAUCCAAAAAAUUACAAAGUAUUCCGAGAAAAUUUCCAUCCAGAUGUCAUUGGCCGUGGUGAAGAAGCUUACAGCAUGCGCGUGCUAGUAGAACCAUUUAAAAUGCCGACAAUAAAGAGUUAUCUGAAGAAAAACAAACUGACAUUUAAGAUUAUUAAUAACAAUGUGGCUACAAAUGUGCAGGCGGAGAAAGUGUUUCAGCGUUCCAGUCGUUCCGCCCCUAACAAAAAUGACGCUAUCGAUUUUCAUAGCUAUCAGCGUUUUGACGUUAUCAAUAAUUACCUAGAUAAGUUGGCAGCGGAGUUCCCCCGGCAAGUGAAUAUUGUGGAAGUGGGUAAAUCAUACGAGGGUCGUACCUUAAAAGCCAUUCACAUAAGGCAAACAGUUGAAGCCACAACGAAGAGGUCCAAGAAACCUCUGAUAUUUAUAGAUGCAGGUAUACACGCCCGUGAAUGGAUAUCCCAUGCCACAGCAUUGUAUGCCAUACAACAAUUGGUGGAAAAUUCAACAUUUUAUCAACGAGAAUUGAAAAUGUAUGAUUGGCUAAUAUGGCCGGUGGUAAAUCCUGAUGGUUAUGAAUAUUCGCAUCAGUAUGACAGGUUUUGGCGUAAAACAAGACAACCAGAUCCAGAGGGCUACUCUCGAUGUCUGGGUGUUGAUCUAAAUCGUAAUUUUGAUUUUUAUUGGGCACAUACUGGCAGCUCAUUUGAUCCGUGUGAAACGGAUUAUCAUGGACCAGAGGCAUUUUCAGAACCCGAAGCAAUUGCCUUGAGAGAUUUAAUGUUCGAAAUCAACGACAGAUGUAAAAUGUAUCUGACCCUACAUUCAUAUGGCAAUUAUUUACUUUAUCCCUGGGGUUAUGAGCAAGCUCUACCUUCGAAUUGGCAUUACUUGGAUGCAGUUGCCCGUGCUGGCAUGGAUACAAUUCGGAAUACAACAGGUACUGUCUACACUGCGGGUAGUAGUGCUCGUACAUUGUAUCCUGCUUCGGGCGCCACUGAUGAUUUUGCUUAUGGUGUUGCCAAAAUUCCAGUAGUCCUUUGCAUGGAAUUGCCAUCGAGUGGUAAUGGUUUUGAUCCACCAACUAAUCGAAUAUUGCCGUUAGUUAGAGAAAGUUGGCAGGGUAUACGUGCAAUGGCAUUGGAGGUCCAUGAAUAUCCUUUGCGUAAUAGUGCCGCAGGUAUUUCAAUGAAGUUUUCACUGGGAUUAAUAGUUGUGCUACUGGUGAUUUUACAAUAA